GAAAAGUUGUCAGUAAUCUUCCAACAAAAACAGCAGUAAGGUCUUGUGGUUUCUCAUAUGGUGGAAAUAUUGCCAUGUACACUACAGACAAGACUAUGGGGCAGCCUUCAGAAAUACACAUCUAUGAUCUAAGGGACAGUAAUUCAAUAGCCAAUGCUGAUCCACUAAUGGUGAUGCCAGCAGGAGACAGUAAAAUCACAGCUUCUAUAUGGGGACCUUUGGAUGAAUUUAUUAUCACAGGUCAUGAGAAUGGAGCUUUGAGACAAUGGGAUUUUAAGUCUGGGGAUCUGGUACAUCAAGUCAAAGACCACAAUAAGCAAAUAAAUGAUAUUCAGACGUCCAAAGACAAAACGAUGGUGAUAACAGCCUCCAAGGAUUGCACAGCUAAGUUAUUUGAUACAGCUACUCUUAAACACAUGAAAACAUAUAGGACAGAGAGGCCAGUUAACUCUGCAUCUAUUUCUCCACUCAUGGAUCACGUUGUACUAGGUGGUGGACAGGAGGCUAUGGACGUGACUACAACAUCCUCAAGGAUAGGGAAGUUCGAUGCUAGGUUCUACCAUCUUAUAUUUGAGGAGGAAUUUGGUAGGGUCAAGGGGCAUUUUGGGCCAAUUAACAGUCUGGCUUUCCAUCCAGAUGGCAAAAGCUACAGCAGUGGUGGUGAAGAUGGAUUUGUCAGAUGUCAUCAGUUUGAUUCACCAUAUUUUGAGUUUGACUUUGAAGUUCAAUAAGUUAUUCAUGCUGAACAAUCAUCAAAUUGAAGAAAAACUGAUAAUAUAUUCCACCCAGGAUUGAUACAUAUUGGAUAUUUAAAAAGAUAACUAUCUCACUGAAGAAUAUUGUCAUGAGCAUGAUUAUGAUGUAUAAGCUUAUCAAACAUGCAAUGCCAAAUGGAAACAGAAAUGGACUUUUAAAGUGGUAUAUAAUAUCAAAGAAAAAAAGUAAUAAUCAUAUUUAUCUUUUAAGUCAACAAAUAAAAAAAUUCACCUUU